AUGGCAGGUGCAGGCGGUGAUCCCCACUUCAGGAGGGUCCCAGAGGACCGGAACACAGGGGACCAGCACCUAGAGGAGGAGAUUUUCUAUGAGCUCAUUUUCAGACAUUUUAGAGAAAAUAAGGUGGAGAUAGCAAGUGCCAUAACAAGGCCAUUUCCUUUCCUUAUGAUCCUCCGAGACCAUGACUUCAUCUCUGAGCAAAUGUUUGAACAUUUUCAAGAAACUUGUAGAAACCUGGUCCCAAUGCCAAGAGUAAUGUACGAUGUCCUCAGUGAGCUGGAGAAGACGUUUGACGAGUCACUUCUGCCUACAUUGUUCAGCAAGAGUAACCUGAAGGCUUAUCCUGAUUUAAAUGAGAUUCUCAGAAACUUCCAAAAUGGUAACUAUAGCUCUCAAUGA